AACCCACUUGUGGGCAGCGCCUGCAGUCGACAAUAAUAUUUGCAGCGGAAAAGCCGCGUUUUUCAUUCAAUAUAAUUACCAAGAGAACCCAACAUGUUCGAUGUGGAACCCAUUAUUGCGGACCAUAAAGAUGUCAUACAUGAUGUGGUCUUCGACUAUUACGGCCGCCGCAUGGCGACUUGCUCCAGUGACCAAACCGUAAAGAUUUGGGAUGAAGAUGAUCAGGGCAAAUGGUCGGUGACGAGCAAUUGGAAAGCGCACUCCGGCUCCAUUUGGCGCGUAUCAUGGGCAAACCCUGAGUUCGGUCAAGUGAUUGCGACCUGCUCCUUCGAUCGUACCGCCUCCGUCUGGGAGGAAGUGAUGGGAGAAAAGGUUUCUACACGUCGCUGGGUGCGUCGCACCACAUUGGUGGACUCACGCACCAGCGUUACGGACGUGGAAUUCGCGCCAAAAUAUUUGGGUCUUCUGCUGGCCACCGCCUCUGCCGAUGGCAUUAUAAGGAUCUACGAGGCGCCGGAUAUUAUGAAUCUAUCACAGUGGCCCGUUCAGCAUGAGAUUGCCAAUAAGCUGACGCUCAGCUGCCUCUCGUGGAAUACAUCCACCUAUAUGGUCACACAGCUCCUGGCGGCCGGCAGCGAUGAGUCUGCAACGCCCACGGGCAAAGUGUUCCUCUUCGCCUAUAGUGAAAAUGCGCGCAAAUGUGUGAAAAUGGAGACGGUGAAUGAUAUCACCGAUCCAGUGACAGAUGUCGCCUUUGCGCCCAACGCAGGACGCACUUUCCACAUGCUAGCCGUUGCCAGCAAGGAUCUGUACAUAGUCAACAUACGCGGCGUUACUGAUUCGACGGGCAAUGCCAAAUUGGAUCUGCAAACGUUAAAGUUUAGCGAACACAAUUGCCCGGUUUGGCGUGUCUGCUGGAACAUGCUGGCCACAAUGCUCAUCUCCACUGGGGACGAUGGCUGCGUGCGCAUUUGGCGCAUGAAUUACACGCGACAAUGGAAAUGUGCGGCUGUGUUGAAGGCCGAGGGCAGUGGGCCAACAUAUGAGCCAAAUCCAACUGCACCGGCACUGGCAACGACAGCAGCGGCAACAGCCAAAUUCUACAAGAAGGGCACCAUUGGCAACCAAGUCCCAUGGCACUAAUCUACGACUCUGUGUGUGUGUGUGUUUUUUGUGGAUUAUGUUAAGUUGAAAAUAUAAAUCUAAACAUAUAUAUAAAAAAAUGUGUAAUGCG